AUGAUGAAGUUCAACUUGAGCCCAUCCAUGCUGCUUGCGGCUUUGUCAGCCUUGGCUUUCACUUCCGCUCUCAGCUCCGGUCUGGAGAAUCGUCAGGGUCAAAUUAUUGAUACUGCUCCUACAGUUACGGACUGUGCCAAUGGCCCAGACUGCAAGCUCGCCGCCACCUACUGGAACGACUGUCAAGGUGCUCACGUCCUCGGAAUGCCCUCUGACCCCUCCUCCAAUGUCCGAUCUUGUCUCUGCCCACCCGGUCGUGCCGUCCCAUCCCACAUUGACUGGUACUCCAAGUUCCGAAACUGCAUCAUCUGCGUUGAAAUGGCCGCCGGUACCCCACGCCACGAUCUGCCCAUGUAUAUUGAGGUUGAGAAGGUUGCUGGUUCUGCUCACAACUCGGUUGGAUAUUGUCAUGGUACGUUGAGUACCGAGCAGUUUGUUGAUCAGAUGAAGAGUUUGGUGAAGGAGAAGGAGUUCCCGCUUGAGCUUCCGGAGGCGGUUUUGAAGUCGGCUGGUGGAAAGGGUGGAGUUGAGCGUGCUGUGACUCCGAUUACACUUGCAGUCCCGAUGCAUACGACCACUCCAUUCUCAGCUCCAACGGCACCAGCUCAUUCUGGUUUCUCGGAGACAGCUCUUACUGCUGUUCCUAACAGCUUGUUCUCGACUUUUCCAGCUGUGCCCAUGAGCUCUGUACUUGCUAGUAUUUCAGCGGCUUCGUUCUUGUCGUCGAUUCCAACCGCCGUGCCAAAUAGCUUGUUCUCAACUUUCCCAGCCGUACCAAUGAGCUCUGUCCUCGCUAGUAUCUCAGCAGCUUCAUCCUCGGCUCCGACUGCUGUACCUAACAGCUUGUUCUCUACCUUUCCAGCUGUUCCUAUGAGCUCUGUUCUCGCAAGUAUCUCCGCAGCUUCGUCUUUGACUCCGACUGCUGUACCUAAUAGCUUGUUCUCUACUUUCCCAGCUGUUCCAAUGAGCUCUGUCCUCGCAAGCAUCUCAUCCGCCAUGAUGGCAACCAAGACAUCAGCUAGUCAAGUCUCUAGUCGCUCUACCAGCACUCCAGUCCUCAAUUGUAGCCACGAUAACUGCUUCCGAGGAGCCCUCCGCUCAGCCCCAGCUGUAAUGAGCUUCUGCUCAACAUACACGCAGAAUCCCGUGACUGCGGGCACUGGAUUCCCGAGCUGUCUAUUGCCUUGUAACAACUCGCCUGUCAGCAUCUCGUCUGCUUGUAGCUGUUUGGCUAGUCAUAGUUCGUCAAUUUCUAGCGCGAUUUCUAUGCCUACGUUUACUAGCAAAGCCAGUGAUAACUCAGAGGACUCCGCGACUACGACAUCUUUGAGCUCGCCUAGCGUUUAUCCAACUGCGAAUCCUGCCAAGUGGAUUAGUCUUCCUGCUUCUGAGGCAGUUAAACUCUGUGCUGCAUCGAAGUCUUGUGUCAACGCCCACAUUUACCACGAUACCUGCCUGAAGGAAAACGAUGAAGGCGUAUGGAAAUGCCUCUGCAAGAAAUGGCCCAUUGCAUGGAAAUACAACCUCAACCAAUGCACCCAAUGUCUGGAAAACACCCUCCCCAGAUUCGCCAGCAAUGUCGAAAGCCUCACCACCGUCGUCGAGCAAGGCCGUGCCGCCUUUUGCGCAUAUACUGGCUCCAAGGAUGGUGCGAAGGAUGCAUUAGUCACGACUGGUAAGAUUAUUACGGAGAAGUAUCAGUCUUCGGCGGUGUUGUUUAAUAUGACUUUGAUUGAUGCAAUUCCUAAGAACUGA